AUGUCAAGUCUAACACUCAACGAUGGGAACUCAAUUCCUCUGCUCGCAUUCGGGUCUGGCACUGCCCUCCUCAAACGCAGCUCCUCCUUAGACCUCGACCGCACAACAGUCAACACAAUCAAGAACGCCAUCCGCAUAGGGUAUCGUCACCUUGAUACUGCAGAGAUGUAUAAUACCGAGUCUGAAAUGGGGGCUGCGAUUCAAGAAUGCGUCGCAGAGGGUGUAGUCAAGCGAGAAGACCUGUUUAUCACGACCAAGAUAUCGAGUAAUUUCAUGGAGGUGCAGACGGCGAUUGACAUUAGUUUGCAAAAGUUACGAUUGGAUUAUGUGGAUUUAUAUCUACUGCACUCCCCGUACUGGACCGACUCAGAUGCAGAUCUCCAAACUGCGUGGAGACUCAUGGAAUCAGUCAAGGAAAGUGGCAAGGCGCGAUCUAUCGGUCUAUCCAACUAUGGGGAACCACACAUCCUAGCUACUCUUGCGACGGCCCGGAUCCAUCCCAGUAUCAACCAGAUCGAAUUCCACCCGUAUCUGCGCCACGGAGAUCUGCUGCCAUUCUCGCGCAACCACGGCAAGAUUGCUAUCUCUGCAUACGGUGCUCUUGCCCCCGUCACGAGAAAUAUUCCCGGCCCGCUAGAUGAGACGCUGGAGAUGCUGGCGAAGAAGUAUAGCGUUAGCAAGGGAAUGAUCUGUUUAAGGUGGUGUAUUGAUCAGGGUGUUGUAGCGGUGACGACGAGUCAGAAGGAGCAGCGGAUGGAGGAGUAUUUGCGUGUGUUUGAAUUCGAACUGACGCAGGAAGAAGUACAGGAGAUUGGGGAGAAAGGUUCAGAGUGUCUGAAGGAAGAUCUAGUUCCGAGGGUUGUGCAGUACUAUAGGAGGCUCAGGGCUCAGGGACAGCAAGAGUAA